AUGAUUUCCCGUCGAUAUGCCGCGCUCAUCUUCUUCGUCUGCGUCGCCCUCUUACUAUGGAGCAGCUUCGAUUUCCUUCCUCGGCGACAGCCAGCCGGCGGAAAAUUCAAGUACCCGUACGUGCCCUCGAGCUACGACUGGUCCAAAGCAAAGGUGUACCAUCCUCCGACGGACAUGAAGAAACUUCCCACGGGAUCUCCCAAGAAGCUCCCACAGAUACAGUUGAAUAAGCGAACCGAUGGUCAAGAGGCUAGGAUGCAGGCUGUCAAAAAGGCAUUCUUGAAGAGUUGGGAGGCCUAUAAGAAAUUCGCAUGGACCAAGGACGAGCUGAUGCCGCUGUCGGCCAAGGGCAAGACGUCGCUUAGCGGAUGGUCGGCACAGCUGGUCGAUGCCUUGGACACCCUCUGGAUUAUGGGAUUGAAAGACGAGUUUUCACUGGCGGUCAAGGAAGUAGCGUUGAUUGACUGGUCAAAAACUCAAGACGGUCGCGUGGUGAACUUGUUUGAAGUGACAAUUCGAUACCUCGGCGGGCUGCUUGCCGCAUAUGAUCUCUCUCAGGAGCCCAUCUUGCUUGCAAAGGCGGUUGAGCUUGGCGACACUCUCUACGCCACAUUUGAUACACCCAACCGUCUGCCUUCUCAUUGGUUAGACUACGAAAAGGCGAAGCAGGGCCAGACUACUGCGGAGCGCAAAAUGAGUGCCGCUGCUGGUGGAACUUUAUGCAUGGAGUUUACCAGGCUUGCGAUGUUGACCAGAAAUGACAAAUACUAUGAUGCCGUUGAAAGAAUCAAGAUUUUCUUCCGCCGAUUCCAAAAUGAGACUACCCUUCCCGGCAUGUGGCCCAUUUGGAUGAACUACCGCGACGAAAAAAUGCUUGAAAGCCACUAUUCAAUUGCAGGCAGUGCCGACUCUCAGUAUGAAUACCUGGUCAAGAUGCACCCUCUCCUUGGAGGACUUGAUACUGAGUACCCUGAAAUGGCGAUCAAGGCUCUUGACACUAUCAGAGACAAUUUAUUGUUUCGUCCAAUGACUCCUAAUGACGCAAAUAUACUUCUUGCGGGCGAGGUCGAGAUAGACGACAACACUCGAAAUGCUACGUUUACAGCUAAGAUGGACCAUCUGACUUGUUUCGCCGGCGGUAUGUACGCGUUGGCAGGCAAGCUACUGGACAAGUCAGAUUAUGUCGACCUGGGCUCUCGUCUCACGGCCGGUUGUGUGUGGGAAUACGAUGCCAUGCCGUCCGGCGUAAUGCCAGAGUCUGCUACUUUCGUAGCGUGUCCGAAAUUAGACGGCCCAUGCCCAUUUAACGCGGAGCUUAUGCCCCCUACUGAUGAUCCCAGGAGGCCCGGCGGAUUUUUGAGUGUCAACGGCGCAAGCUACCUGUUGCGACCUGAAGCCAUUGAGAGCGUGUUUUACAUGUGGCGCAUCACAGGAGAUCAAACCUGGCGAGAUGCCGCGUGGAGAAUGUGGGAGAAUGUUGUCAGAGAGACGGAGACGGAGCUGGCGUUUGCUAUUGUCAGAGAUGUGACGGUGAGCUUGGGUGAGAAGGGCGAUUCGAUGGAGACGUUCUGGUUAGGCGAAACUGUCAAGUACUUCUACCUUAUCUUUAGCGACUCUGAUUUGAUGUCUUUGGAUGAGUAUGUUUUCAACACGGAGGCACACCCUUUUAGACGACCAGUGUAG